AUGGCUAUCAUAUCCGCGUACACGAUCAUUCGUGCCAUAUCGCUGUUCCACAUCACCGCGGCGUACUUCUUCCUGGUCUCGCCUAAGACAAUUGUCGACCAAAAUGUGGUCUUCAUGCUGGGCGAGUCGAUGAAACUGCCACACAUCGAGACGAUGGACAAGCCUAGCGAAGCCUCAGCCCUGAUCGCACUCAUACUGGUCCUGCUUGGAGUCUCCGACCUGACAGCCGCGAACAUGAACGAGGAGGUAGCAAUGCAAUACUGGUUGGCGAACGUGCCUGUGCGAAUGGUGGUCUUGUUUACGGUGACUGGCUACACAUACCUGUUCAAGCCCGGAGGUCUGCUUGGUCCUACUACCGCGGCACGGGGGAGCAUAGGCGAGCCAUUACAGAACAGUCUAGUCUUUGCAUGGGGUUUCAUGGAGCUGGCCGCUUGGUUCUGGGUAUCUCAGAUGCGCGCAAGGCUGUACACGAUAAGAGGGCUAACGAUGUCAGGUGUUCACGAAUCUUCGAGACGAGCGCCGUCAACUUGCCCGGCGGCGUCUCGAGAAGAUCCAGGCUGA